AUGGAGGACGUGUACGCCUCCCAACGUGCGGAUGUGUAUCUACUUGCUGUAUUACCAGUUCACGAAGCUGCAAACACACCAAACGGAUGUGGUGACCUCAACCCUGACCAGGUUGUUUUUACAGAAGCAGUUUCUUACGGAGUUGAUAUCAUCAACAAUAACACGGCAAUUCUUCCCGGUCUUUCCCUCGGUUACAUCAUGAUCGACAGUUGUUCCUUUGCCGACCGUACGAUAUUUCAAAUAGAUCAGAUGUAUAGUGCAAAUACAGAGAAAGGAAUUGAUUUUCAUGUAGCGUCCCAAAUGUUUGGAGCUGUCGGCUUCACUCGUUAUAACGAAUACGCACCUUUGGCAGGUUAUCUACAUAGUAAAGGUCUACUAACGAUUAGCGCAACAGCAUCCGACUCCGAAUUCAGCAACAAAGAAAUAUAUCCUGACUUUAUGAGAAUGGUGCCAGACCAACGGGAGGAAAUAAACGUGAUGUUUCAAAUACUUAAACUCCUUGGAGUCAAGUACAUAGGGAUUUUGCAUACCGAUGUACAUCCCAAUGACGUAAGCGCUAUUGAAGCAAUGGAGGCAGCCAACGCUUUUGAUAUGUCAGUCGUCUACAUAGUGCGAAUAACGGAGGAAGUCGGUCAAAACGAUUCAGAUAUGGACUACUUAGUUGAAACAUUUAUUGAAAGAAAUCUUAAUUCAACGACCGUAUUGAUGACAUUUGCCGAGGCUAGGGAAUUAGUGCCAUUGUUUAGAGCGAUGAGGAGACGACAUGUUGAAAAAGUUAUCUGGAUUGGUGGUAAUUCGUGGUUCACUACUUUACACGUCGACGAUUUACUACCAUUUGCUAAACUGUUACCCUGGGCGUUCGUGGUAGGAAUUGCAACAUAUCCUGUCCCAUCGUUCAACCGACAACUUACUCAAAUGCAAAGCAACAACCCUACCAAAGGUAUUUAUAUGGAUGAGCUUUUGAAUCUCAUGUCAACGUGCCAGAACCAAACUGACAAAGACGAGACUGACAAUAUUUGUAACAAGUUAUAUUCCGACAUGUUUAGUCACAACGAUGCUUACCUUAUCAUUGAUUCCAUAAAGGCACUUGCUGCAGGUUUGGAUGAGAUUAUACAUAAUAAAUGUCCUUUAGGAGACUUCUGUGCAGAUGCAAAGAGUCAUUUAGCAAGUCGACUUCGGAACAAUAUACUCCAAUAUCACUUCUCGGGUUCAACUGGAAAGAAUAUCCGUUUUGAUAGCAAAGGAAAUGGACCAGCAUCAUUUGGAAUCCACCGGGUUGUCUUUGAUGAAGAGCAAAUUAGCAUUGAAUACCAGAAUGUUGGUGCCUUUGAGGACGGCUCGCUCAGUGUAUCCAGUGAUCUUUCGAUUUUGUCGUUAAAUAUAAGGAAAUCAGACUGCAGCUCUGAUACAUGUGCACAUGUGCCACCUGAGAUUUUCGGUAAACCCUACGUGUACAUAGACGGUGAUCCAAUGUUGUACGGCUUUGUGAAGCUCUUUCAACGCGAAAACGAUGACACGUGUUCCGGGCGAGUAAACAAUAAUGGGUAUCAAGCAAUGGAAUCGAUGGUUUGGGGUGUAACUGUCAUCAACAACAGCACCACUUUGCUACCAAAUGUGAAGCUUGGUUUAGCUGUAUUCCCCACCUGUGGUGUCGCCACAAAGACAAAAAAUAUCGUACAAAGUGUUCUGUUACCAAACUUAGUACUGCCUACAAAAAGACUACGUCCAAAUACAACCAUUCUUGGGAUCGUCGGAGGCGAAGCCGUAGGAGAGGCUAUCUCUAUUGAAACGGCAACGCGUGCAGUAGAUGUCGAAAUACCAGUUAUAAUAUCGUCGCGGGCUGAUGUAAGCGACGGCCAACCACAUCCACGUCUGUUCAGAACGGUGCUCUCUCCAUUUGCAGAAAUGGACUAUAUUCUGGAACUAAGCUUGCAGUUACGAUGGACUUACAUCCAUGUAGUUUACGAUCCUUUUAUGGAAAGCGUUGUCAAAUAUCUGGGAGAUAUAUUUAAAGCAAAUGGAAUAUGUAUAGCAAGCCGAAAUAUAUUGGAAAAAUCAGCCUCGUCUGAAGUAACGCGGUCUAUACUGGUCAACAUGACGGAAGUAGAGGGCGCUACUGCAGUUAUUCUCGUUAUGCCACCAAAUAACGCUAAGCAAGUACUAACGGUGGCACGAGUAUUAUAUCUGUUAGGAAGGCUAUUCUUCGUGCUCCCGUUUGAAGUGUAUGACUUGGAGAGCUAUCUAUCAGAACAAGACAUAGGCGUGCUUUCGACCCGCAAAGAUGUUCAAAUAAAUGACCAAUUCAUGAACUACUUUUUAAGCCUUAACAUUAAAGACAAAGCAAAUGAUCCUUGGUUUGCUAAUUUUUGGCAGCAAUCAAACGCCUGCAAUUUGCGGUUAUCUAACACCUAUGCCAAAGAUUGCUCGAAUUCAGAACGUCUGUCUAGAAGUAACGUCAUUCCAAGUCCAUCCAUCAACGGCAUCUUGGAUUCAGUCUUCUCCUUGGGGCAUGCACUCCAUGGUCUACUGAGAGAAUGCAAAACGGAUAAGUACGAGUGCAUUAAAGGAGACCGAGCUAUAUUUUACAAUAACAUAGAACGGUAUCUCAGUGCAGUGAACUUCACGUCACCGGGAGGUACACCGUUUAAGUUCCGGGACAAAAACACCGCUUCCACAGCUCUGAUAGUAACAAAUGUUCAGAAGAGUCCUGACGGAGGAAUCCGACUAGUAGACGUUGGUAAUUUUGAAAGCGGAAAGCUUACACUUGAUAUGAGGAAAUUGAGUUUCUAUAGAAAUGGGUUACGUGUCAUGCCUGCCUCUGAUUGUCUUGGCGACUGCCGGAUCUGCUUGGAACCCGAUUUUGUGAAUGCGUAUGACGCUCGAGUGACGUCAUUACGAUCAGCUGGCCCUAUUCUGGAACAUAAGUUUUUUACUGCUCUUGGUGUUAUAGAUAUUCUCCUGAUCUUCAUUUCAUUUAUGUUUAUUACAAUAGCCUCCUACUUUCUAUGUAAGUUUUACAAACAUAAAGUGUUUAACAUCUGUGCUGAUGCUGAUACUGGAAUUCUGAUUGGCUGUUCAAUUAUGACGUUAUCUAGCUGCUGCCAUCUCUUCUCACAAACCAAACUGAUGUGUACUUUACAGGUCGCUGCUCCAGCUCUUUCAUACGCCAUAAGCAAUGCUUCUCUGAUCGUGAAAAUCAACAAGACAGUAUGUUUACGUUCGUAUCUUGGCCUGCAACAGAGCCGUGUACCGCGAUGGGAUUUUGCUCUGACUUACAUACCGUUGCUAUUGGUUCCCACAAUAAUUGCGUUCUUCAAGUGGAUGCAGAGUGACGUCAUCAAUAUCAGUUCGACUGUUCCUGGCAUACGGGAAAUUUCUAAUGUGGACGAAGUGACCAUCACUUGGCGUUGCAGUUUUGAUAA